CUUCAACCUCGCACUUGGACGGUAUUUCUCGAUGGUUUCAAGCCUUGUCAAGCCACGAUGGAUCAACAGCUACUCAUCUUGUAUGUACAUACAGAGUAGGCCGAUCCCUGCUCGUCUAGAACGAUCACAUUCACGGUCUCUACCACUCUAGCUCGCUUCUUGCACAUGCACACGCGCGCCGAUUCCGCAGUUGUGGUUCAGCCCAAACCAAACCAAACCAAAGCCUUGACCCUCAUCAGCUCAUUCCAGCAUUUUUUAUCAAUCAUCAUGCGCCAGCUUCAUUUCUGUGUGUCAACCACGUUUGGCGCCGCAGAAUUGACUCGCUAGUCGGACAUUCUUCCCGAAUUAUGUCCAUCGUACCUAUGCAUGGAUGGACUGAACUGCAAGGGUUGUUACCUUAGUAGAUACCUAGACUAAACAUUUCUGUAGCUGGAUCAUCUUUAGGCGAUCCUUCACUUUGCUUCGACUACCUACUUUUCUGGUGUUGGUGCUACUCAAACUCUGACCAAGAACUGUGCAUGCAUCUUCUUUUUCCCAUGUCCAUAUCGUAAAUUGAUCAUCCCACCAACCCCCAUCUUAUACUCAAUCUACUUCCGGUUUUAUCCAUCUAAUCUAUUCAAUCUGUUCCCGUCCCAGUUCUUCUUUUGCCUCUUGUCAUCUGCUUCCCUCCAGUGUCUUGCAAGCUCCCAAGCUCUUAUACCUCCCUUGUUGGGCCUGUCCCUCUCCCCCUUCAUCUUGUCUCUCAUCCUCACCGUAGUAUCUUGUAUAAUUCAAGCUGCUGAGGCUGAGACGACUUGGGCCCUCACACCUUCAAAAUGCUUUUCAACUCUUUAUCAGCUGAGGCAGCACUGCUUCUCGCCCUUCCUCACCUCGCUUCUGCAGCUACCAGAAAGUUUGAUUUUGAUAUUGGCUGGGUCAGAGCUAAUCCUGACAAUGCUUUCGAGCGCCCAGUCAUUGGCAUCAAUGGCAAGUGGCCAAUCCCUACAAUCGAGGUUGACAUUGGUGAUCGGGUCAUCAUCAAUGCUCACAAUAACCUGGGCAAUCAAUCAACUUCUCUGCAUUUUCAUGGUCUCUACAUGAACGGCACUACUCAUAUGGAUGGCCCUGCCGGCGUCAGUCAAUGUCCAAUUGUUCCUGGAACCAGCUUCACUUAUAACUUCACUGUCGAGCAACCAGGUACCUAUUGGUAUCACAGUCACACUGCUGCUCAAUACCCUGACGGUCUACGUGCUCCCUUCAUUGUUCACGAUAAAGAUUUCCCCUACAAGGAUAAGUACGAUGAAGAGGUUAUCUUUUCUCUUUCUGAUUGGUAUCAUGACGAGAUGCGAUCCAUGAUUCCCAAGUUCAUGAGCAAGGCCAACCCUUCAGGUGCAGAGCCCGUGCCCAACAAUGCCUUGAUGAACGAAACCACCAACUUCACCAUGUCUGUCAAGCCCGAGACAACCUAUCUGUUCCGUACCAUCAACAUAGGUGCCUUUGCUGGCCAGUAUCUCUGGUUUGAGGGUCACAAGAUGCGCAUUGUCGAAGUCGAUGGUAUCUAUACCGAAGAGGCUGAGGCAGAGAUGAUCUACAUCUCGGCUGCUCAGCGUGUCAGCUUUUUGCUCACCACCAAAAAGGACACUUCCAAGAACUUCCCAAUUGUCGCCAGCAUGGAUACCACUCUUUUUGAUGUCCUGCCCCCGGAUCUGAACUACAAUGCCACCGGCUGGCUCGUCUAUGAUGAAAAGGCCGACAAGCCAGACGCCGCUACUGUUGACGCUUUGGAACCUCACGAUGACAUGAAGCUUGUUCCAUACGACAAGAUGGGCAUUCUUGGAAAGCCUGACCAGGAGUUUACUCUUGAUGUCAAGAUGGAAAACCUCAAGGAUGGUGCCAACUACGCCUGGUUCAACAAUAUUACCUACGUCGAGGCCAAGGUUCCCACCCUGUAUACCGCCCUCAGCGCAGGCAAGGACGCCGAAGACCCAAGUGUUUAUGGCACUUACACACACUCCAUGGUCCUGAAGAAGAACGAGAUCGUACAAAUUGUCGUGAACAAUCUCGAUUCUGGUCGUCACCCUUUCCAUCUUCACGGACACGCAUUCCAAUCCAUCUACCGUUCCGAAGAGGAGGCUGGUAUUUGGGCCGAUGCCAACGUUACUGAGGCUGAUUUGCCCAAAACUCCUAUGCGACGUGAUACUCUUGUCAUCUAUCCCAACGGUAACAUUGUUAUGCGUUUCAAGGCCGACAAUCCAGGUGUUUGGUUGUUCCAUUGCCACAUUGAAUGGCACGUAGUGUCUGGUCUCAUUGCCACUUUCGUUGAAGACCCUCUUACUCUUCAAGAGACCAUCCAGAUUCCUAAGAACCACCUGGAUGCCUGUACCGCUGCUGAUAUGCCUACCAAGGGGAAUGCGGCUGCUAAUACCGAGAACUUCCUUGAUCUUACUGACGAGAAUAGACCUGCCAAGGCUCUGCCUGCUGGAUUUACUCCUCGUGGUAUCGUCGCUCUUGUCUUCAGCUGUAUCUGUGGUAUCCUGGGUGUAGCCGUCGUGGCAUGGUAUGGAUUUUCUGCAUCGAUCGACCCAACCAGUGCCGGCGCUCUCAGCGCUGGUAUCGUUGAUGGCAGUGACUCAGGCGACGGCAAUCCUGCUCAUAAGGGACCUCAAGAGACAGUUGUUUCCCCUUCAGGUGAUGCGAGAAGUCACUGAUACAUGGGUUAGACGUCCAUGUCUUCCUGGAGAUCAGCGGCCAUCCUUCCGAGGCUCUUCAAGUUUGAUAAUCUGUACUAGUGUUUGAAUAUACCAUUUUGUUACUUGUUAGGUUCAUCUUUAAUAAUGAUAUUUCGGGCAUCCUUAAGGCUCUUCUGUGCAGAACUCCGGUCUACUCUGAAGAUCCAUUGCUCACAGUAUAUUCUG